AUGAGGCUGUGUGUGUGUGCGGGUCAUACUACUGAAGAUCCCUUCGACCUCUCCGGUUCCGCUGAUGAUAGUGCCCUCCUUUCGAAAAACAUCGGGAUCGUUGAGUUGCUGUAUGAACGCGCAGGAUACAUGGUAGUGGUUGAUGCGGUAUUGAAGGGCGUUUUGGCUACUUCAAGCUUGCUUUCUAAAAGGGACUGGGGGUUGAGAUUAUUGCGAUCGAAAGGUCUAUACGGUAGGGCCGGCUCAACAAAUCAGUACACCAAGAUGAGGGGUGACGUCGUCAGCGGCAUAUAUGACGCCACUCGUCUCCUUGCUCGCACCGAUGCAGUCUCUUGUGGCUUGUGGCUCAUAAACCGUCCCAUCUCCGUGCGUCUUGUUCUGUUUGAGAAGCCUCCGAUUCGUCCGACAAGAGGCGAUGAUUACGGGGGUUAUCAUUUGACGACUCUAGGAUCGCCGAAACUGGCCAGUCCAGUAGUUCUCUCGUCGGUGAUCUUGAGUCAGCGAGAGAGCGAUCGAGGGUGGAUGGAAGGUGUAGAAAUGGGUUGGAUGACGGAUGAUGUCAUGGGAGACCUCGCAGGAUAUCCUGAGACUCAUAGUGUCGCUGUGCCGGUCUGGCCUGUUUAA